AUGAACUCUGUCAGUUUUUUCUUUUUUAAAAGCGGCUCUUUAUUCACGCCAGUUCUGCGCUUUCGGUUUUGCUCGUCACUAAAAAAUGAGUCACUUUUUUUUGAAUUAGUUCGACUAUUAUUGAGCUUUCUAGAUUAAUAACUAUCCUUGUAACACGUUUUCGCAAUUAGAAACUUUCUCUAUUCGCCAAAUUUUUAUUUUCUUUUCCGAAAAGGUCUAUUAAAUUUCAUCAACGCAAAAAUUGCCUAAAUUGUCUAAAUUCAGCCAAAGCAGGAUGUGCAAGCCGAUAGUGUCCCAUGGCGUUGAUGUAUAUUCAUAUUCACGACUAGAAUUUAAAUUUGAUUAUUAUUAUUAUUGUUUUUUUUCUUUUUGCAGCUGUUUGAUUACGAUGAAAUCGACCGAAUAAUGGAUGAAACCAAGGAAGCCGCUGAAUAUCAAGAGGUAAUCAGGAAAAAUUUGAAUAUUUUAAAGCGUUUCUUCUUACUAAAAAGUUUCUCAUGUUGAUGAUAAUAAAAAACCAUUCUUUUUUUCUUUGAGAUUUGUGUAGAAAUAAGUAAUCUUUUUCUACGAAAAGAAUGUCCUUCAGGAAAUUUCAUCAAUGUUGUCCGGAAAGUUGACGUCGACAGACGUGGCUGAGGUCGAACAGGAGCUGGAGGAGCUGCUGGCGGUUCAUGCGGAAUCUUCCGGAGCUCAACUGCCUGAGGUGCCGAGCCACGAACUCCCACAGCCUGUGCCGGAAGAGAGAGGCUCGUUUUUUCUCUGUUUCGGUAUAUACGUGUUUCGAACUUUAUCGACAGAAGCUCAAAGCUAUACUUGAAAUUUUGGAAUGCAUCCUUGCUCCUUAAUUUGGAAAAUUCGAUUACUCCAGUCAAUUCGCUUGCAAUCAAGAGAUCAUAUAGUUAAAAAAAACACAGCUUUGAAGGUGAAAAAAUACACUUUUAAGUAAUUUUUCGCUCUUCUGCUCAUUUCUUUAAGCUGAAUAAGUAGACAUUUUAUUUUUUAAUUUUGCGAAGUUUCUACCUUUUUAUGUAACUUGGCAAAUGUAACUUUUUGUGUAAGGGUACAAAAUUUCUUGAGGAAUUCGAACAUUUUUCUCGAAACGAAAAUAGAUGCCUUUUUCAAUAUUUUUUGAAAUGAAUCCUAAUUGAGUUUAAACAAGAUCUCGAGACGCAGCGGCCUUUUUCUCUGAUUUAUCUUUUUAUUCGGAGAACCUUUUUAAAAAUAUAAAGGACUUAUUUCGAUCUGGAAUAACAUUAAUGAAAAACAUAAAUAGAAUAAAAAAAUAUGUUCAAUGUUAUUCAAAUUUAAAAAAAAGACAUACGAGAAUUUUUCUCACUUUUAAAUGUUCAUUUGACUUGAACUUCGAAAAUCACAGAAUAACUGCAAAAAACAUCAUGAAACGGAUUUCAGAACGCGAACGGGUCAAAGCUAAAAAGGAACGUGUUGCACUGGAAGCUUAA